AUGUGUGAUUUUCUUCAAGUCGUAGCUGCGUCAACAGAUCACAUCCUUACUCUUGACGACCACCACCAAGAGAUUGUAAACACCACAGUUUUCCUAUCAAUCAGACAUAACUGUCUCUUCGGUGGCCCCCAAUUUGUCCUCCCUGUCUGCCUGUUUAUCUUGACCAUCGGCGUCGCGACGAUACAGACAUUCUCAUCUGGUCACAGGCAUAAUACUCGGCCUGAAUUACCCUCUGAAUACCCACCCAACCACCUACCCAUCCGUCUGGCCGGCUCGAGUCUGACUGAAGCCAUGCCCUAUUUCUGCAUACCUGUCCAUCUCGCCACUUCUAUGCAUUACCAUGCUGCCGAGCUUGUCCUGUUGCCUGACGAGGCACUAGCCACUGGUGUGCCAGCCAUCCGCCUAUCAAGCCAUCUCUUGGUCCGUCCGGCUCGACUGCAUCCGGAGUCACGAUCUGCCGGUGCUGUACCGCUGACCGAGAUCUGCCCACUUGACCCCCUUCCCUUGAGGGUGCCGUCCAAUAUGGCUGAGCUCGCGAUUCGCAUCCGCUCGAGAUCGUCAAAAGGUGUCCUCAUAAUGAUGGCGGCACGAGUGCGUGCGACAGACAACCGGGCUGUGGGAGUCUUUUCCCAGUUUUGUACUAAUCACAACUAA